UCCCCCGGCGAGUCCCAGGAAGGGGGCCGGGGCAGGGGGGCCGGCAGCAGGGGGAGCGGCGGGCCGGGGGAGGCAGGGGGCACAGGGGCGGCGGCAACAAGAACAGGAGUCAUUUUGUCAACCCUGACCAUAAUUCCCAACACGAGCAGGAGAUAAUGGCAGAGCUGGACCCGGACACAGUGUUUCGAGGCCGCCGCGUGGAGGAGCACGGGGACCACUUCACAAUUUCCAUCAAUGCCUCCAGUCAGGGCGAGGGCAAAUUUGUGAGGGUUGGGUCAGGCAGGAUGAGAAGAGGACCCCAGGACAAUGUUGAGGGCAGUGAGCAGGGAGGAGGAGGCCGGCAGGGACGAGGCAGGGGGCGUGGUGGUAACAAGAGGGAACGAGGCAGAGGGAAGGGCAGGGGACAAGGACGAGGAGGAGGAGGAGGAGGAGGAGGAGGAGGAUCAUAUGGUAACAAGGAGAAUGCAUACAGCUACUCAAGCCAACAGGGAGUGGGAGCAGAGGGGAGCACAGACCCCCACACUGACUCCCCUGCCCCCUCCUCCCUUCCCGUUGACCCCCAGCCCCACAUGGAGAGUGAGUCCCUGGCAGCCCCUCCCCCUGCAUCCCAGCCAGUGCCCGCCACUCUCCCAGACCUCCCCACAGACGACUCCUGGACAGAUGUGACCAGCGGCAAUGACAGCCUGGACACAUCAGGCCUCAGUCAGGAGGGAGGAGUGGCUGCUGGCCCUGUGGAGACAACUGGAAUAGACGGAACAGACAUGAAGGUUCCUGAGGAGAUUGAUGGAGAGAUUCACGAAGAGACUCCCAUAGAGGUUGAGGGAGAGGUUGGCGGAGGAUUGAAGAGUAACCUUGAGGCACUGGAUGAGUGUGGGGAUGCAGAGUCUCUUGAGGAAGGUGAGGUGUACUGUGAGGCAAGCAAUGAGGAGGUGGAGGAAGGGGAGCUGCUUGUAGGAGACUGUGUUGGGAUGAAGGAAGUACCCAGGGCCUCCACUCCCUCCACUCCUGCAGCAGAGGGUGGUGAGGUGAAGCUGGGUGCUGGUGAAGAAGAGAUAGAGGUAAGGAGGGAAGAUAUGGAGGUAGAAACUAAGUCUUUGAAAGAAGAUGGUGAUGUAGAGAAGGGUAGUGAAGAUGGUGGGCAGACAGGGAGUGAAGGAGAGGGGAAGGAGGAAAGCACCUCCCCCAAUCAGGAGACAGUUGUAGGAGAAAAGGAAGUGGUGGAAGGGAAGGAGGAGGAGGAGGAGGAAGAGACAUACCAGGAUUGCAAGAAUGAAGUUGAAACUAGCAAAGAAGAGGCACAAGUAUAUAUGAAUGAAGAAUGCAAAGUGGAGAAGGAGGAGGAGGAGAAAGAGAAAAAGGAGGAGGAGAAGAAAGAGGAGAUGAAGAAGGAGAAGGAGGAGAAGAAGGAGGAGGAGGAGAAGAAGGAGGAGGAGGAGAAGAAGAAGGAGGAGGGGGAGGAGAAGAAGGAAAAGAAGGAGGAGGAGAAGAAGGAGGAGGAGGAAAAGAAGGAGGAGGAGGAGGAGAAGGAGGAGGAGGAGAGCAAAGGCAAGAAUACACAGGAGGAAGAAGACCCUGAGACUAAAAGUAAAAAUGAUGCAGGACAGGAGAGCAUUCAAGGAGAGAUACAAACACCAGAGAAAAGUGACGAAAAGAGCAAAUGAUAACCUGGUAUGCUCCCCCUAUGCUCCCUCAUGCCACACAGGGCGGAUGUACGAGUCUUGCUGCACAGGGGCUUAUAAUCACACCAGCCCCAUGUAGGGAUAUAGGGAGGAGCCACAGGAAUAUGUACUUAGUAGAUGAAAUAUAACCGUUGGUGUAAUAUGAUUCCUUUGGGGGUAUACUCACUUUAAGAACCCUGAGUGACUGAUAUUUAUUUGAGACUGAUUGUUAUUGCAGCAGAUGCCUUCCAGAUAUAAGAAAUUAUAAGGAGUGAAUUCUUGGAGGUUUAGUGGCUCAUACUGCACCUACCAUGUAGUGUAUACCUUUGUUAAUGGUGUUGUAUUUGAAUUAAGACAGCAGUUAACUAUUCCAAAGCACUAUGUACUUACUAUUUAUUUGAUUGCAUUAUAAUGACACAACCUUCUGUGGUCGUGAAGUGCGUAUGAGAGUACGUACGUGUUAGGUUAAGGAGAUGUCACAUGGGUCAGGCGGUGCUCUCUCUGUGCUAGCCUGGUAAUGUUGUAUACUUCUUCCUGCCAUUCGGUAAUUAAGCCAACACUCUGCUUUCAGUCCCAAGGUUCCUCAAGAUUCCAUGAUACAAGUAGCCGUUGCGUUUCAGUCCUCUCAGUAGCAUUUCACAAGGCGCUGAAUGUACGACACUAAGGAUGAAAGUAAAGAAGUUUAGUCUUUUCACAAGUUUCAACACUAACAUUUCACAAAGCGUUGAAUGUAUGAAACAAAGGAUGAAAGCAAGGAAGUUUAGUCUUUACUUGCGCUUCAGUCCCCAUGCUAACAUUUCACCUCUUCCCUCCCUCCCCUUCCUCUGAUCUUUCCCUCCCUCUCUUCCUCUCCUCUAAUCUUCCCCUCCCUCCCUGCUCUCUUCCUUCCUCUCCUACCUAUAAUCUUCCCCUACCUCUCUCCCUCUUCUAAUCUUCCCUUCCCUCCCUCCCCAUCCUCUAAUCUUUCCCUCCUCCCACCCCGGCAACGCGACAGGGGUGUCCAAAGGAAGUAUCAAAGGAAAGGCCUUUUACUUGUAGAUGAAAGCAUGUCUUGCAAGUUGGAUGGGAAGAUUUCAGCUUAUUGUUUUAUACAUAUACAGUAGUCGUACGCAGCGCAAAGUACAUAUAAAACUCUUACAUAUGUAUAUCUGUGUGUAUGUGUAUAUGUAUUUAUUUAUUUAUUUUACGUUUUGGGUUAGUGAAAGCUUUUAUAUUUACUUUUCUUGGUGUAGCAGCACGGACUGGCCAUUAAUGUCUAAAUACACGAUAGUGGUUCAUAAACUGUUUCAAGCAGUGGACCUCUUAUAUUAAAACUGCAGCAGUUGAUAUUUUCCCUCCUAUACCAUUGAAGGCGUCCUAUAUUUGUAGCACUGAUCAGCUCUAAACCAUUGAGUGGGAUGUGAAUCUGAUCUGGAUUUGCUCCUGGAAAAAGGAACAGUUGGGGCCAUUACUGAUCAGAACAAUGACAACAUGCACAGCUGUCACCAGAGGCAGCCUGCUGAUGCCCGCCGCUUUGCCCUAACGGAGUGUCAUGCAAGGCAACAAGGGCUACAGCCUACAUUUCCUGAAGACCCCCAUAGGUAUAGCUGUCAUCAAAAGUUGCAUUCUGCUUUAUCGCCAUGAUGAAUCGUGACCAGUUCAGGUUUGGAGGUUUGAACAGUGGUGUGUCAUGAGAAGUGUGAGGUGCCGGUGAGGGUGGAUGGUAGGGGUCCUUCCCACUUAGCCUGCUCGCACUCCUCUCCUCACGAUGCACCUUUGUUCAAACCUUCGAAUGUGAGCUGGUUACAAUUCAUAAAGGUGAUGAAGCAGAACACAACUACAACUACAACUGCACCUCUUAGUUUGGGAACACAAUCCUAUAGGAUUCAGUGCUGUAGAAAAUGGGAAUGGAGAAGGCUUUGGCUACGCACGUUUGGGGGGUUAAAAUAGAUCUAAUACUCAGAUUAGUCUACAAAUUGUUUGUAAUGUAUUGAAGACCGCACUGAGAAACACUGAGCCACAGCAAUAAGAUGAGGGGAGGCAAGGCUCAAAAGACACCAUGUUUUGCACCAGAUUGAAACCACAGCGACAAAAAAAAAAAAAAAAAAAAAGACAAAGCAGUGUUUAUUGAUCAUUAUGUUGGAGUGUUGUAUGCAGUGUUUGGGAAAUAUUGGCCAGUGAUGCAAAUUAAUAUAUAUUUUAUUGUUUUUUUUUCUUUUAUUUUUUUUCUAUAUAUAAAGGCAAAUGGUGCUCAGAAGUAUGUGUGCGUGUGUGUGGAUGUGUGAGUGUGUGUGGGUGGGUGGGUGUGCGCGUAUGUGUGUGUGGCCGGUUAAGAUUUCGUGAUACAAAUAAUACCUAGAUAAAUAAUAAUAAAAUCAGUAAAUAUUUAGUCCAUUCUCUCUAAUAUUUAGCGAUAGAAAGACCAAAUGCAUAAUCAAAUCACAUAUUUACAUACAAAGUGACCUAUUACAUUAUUAUUAUUAUUAUUAUUAUUAUUAUUAUUAUUAUUAUUAUUAUUAUUAUUAUUAUUAUUAUUAUUAUUAUUAUUCCCGUUACACUCCAGAUUGUCGUCCAGUCAGUCAUAAUAAUAGCUGUACCAGAUUUGGUUUAUCAUUGGUUUGCCAUGAAGUAAGGAGGCGUGGCGAGGUCCCUGUAGUAGCCACGCACUUAACCCUUUCACUGCGUUAUGCUACACAUUCACCAAAAGCGACAUAUGAAACCUUAAUAGCACAUCUACAAAAAGGAAUAGGAUGGAAAAGAAUAGACUGAAAUUUGAAUGUUCCUUUUGUCUUUUCUUAGGCGACUGGCACCCCAUUGCGCUUUUUAUUUAUUUAUUUUUUUGUUGCCUUUGACCAGUGCCUCUCACAAAAAAAAAAAAAAAGCGUAAACAAGAAAUAACGUGAUGGAAAAAAAAGAACAAAUUUCUAGGCAGUACAGCGUUUGGAGGUGGGAGAAGAACAAGGAAAGACGUCUCAGAGUGGUUGGUAGGCGUAAUUAAGGAAAGGUGUGUCAGAUAGCAGUGAAGGGGUUAAUAUCCAGUCUUUCCGCGAGGAGGAGGUAGUGAGGAGUGUUACCAAUAGGAGGCUUACUACUGUUGAUACCGUCUUGUUGUUAGAGUGUGUGUGUUUGUUGAUGUUACUACUACUACUACUACUACUACUACUACUACUACUACUACUACUACUACUACUAUAAUUGCUUUUGUAGUAAUGACCCGGAAGCGGCGCGGAGCUUAGAAAAGAACCGAAUGUCAUCCUAUUUUUAUUGCUACGAUUUGACAGGGUUGGGAAUGCCUGCCCCCCCCUCCCCAACCCCCCCGCCUCUCUCUCUCUCUCUCUCUCUCUCUCUCUCUCUCUCUCUCUCUCUCUCUCUCUCUCUCUCUCUCUCUCUCUCUCUCUGUCCCGGCCCUUCCCGUCCAAUAGGUCCUCGUGCCUUGCUUGCUUGUCAUGGUGGUGCGUGCGUGCGUGCGUGCGCGGACCGUCAUGUUGUAAGGUGCUCACGGCGCUACGGUGUGUGUGUAUGUGUGUGUGUUUUGUUCGUUGGUUGGUUAUUUUCCUGCUUGUGUGUGUGUGUGUGUGUGUGUGUGUGUGUGUGUGAGUGUGAGUGUGUAUGUGUGUAAAGGUGCCAGAUUAUGAGAGCCAAAUAAAAAAAAAAGUAAAAGAAUAGUAAUAAUAAUAAUAAUGUUCAUCUGUUCGACACUUGAUAUACCACAUCUAAUUAUUGUCUUUUUAUAUAGUAAAAAAUAAUAAAUAGAAUUAAAAGUG